CCGCCGCUGCGCAGGGAGCAGCUGCUCCCUGACACAUCCCCCCGCUGCCAUAUUGUGUCCGCGCUGCCGGCCGCACGGCUUCAUGACCGCGGGAUACCAACCAAGGAGCGUGCUGCCUCAACAGCUCCAACCACCACAGGUUUUCUGCUUGAGGAAUCUUCCCGUGUCCUCUGGGGAGCUCGGGAUAGAAGGCACCAGCAUUGCCAGCAGCUCUCUCAGUGUCAGGAUGUGCCAGUCCAACCAAUAAAGCUAAAUGGGUCCAGUCACUGGAAUGACUCCGGAUAAGAAAGCUGAAACGCCAGGAGCAGAAAAAGCUGCAGGACUACGGCAGUGUCACGGGAUGGGAAGCUUGCCCGACGCAGGCGAUGCCGGCAGGCCGAAGGCCACCGUGGUGGACAGAGAUUCGGCAGACGACGAGCUCACAAAUUUGAACUGGCUGCAUGAAAGUACUAACCUUCUAACAAACUUCAGCCUCGGAAGUGAGGGUCUUCCGAUCGUUAGCCCCUUAUAUGACAUUGAGGGCGACAGUGUGCCAUCCUUCUCGCCAUCCUGCUACCAGAACCCCGAAAAAAAAUCCUCCACUUCCAAACCCCCUUACUCUUUCAGCCUUCUCAUUUACAUGGCGAUCGAGCAUUCCCCCAACAAGAGCUUGCCAGUCAAAGAAAUCUACAGCUGGAUCCUGGAGCGCUUCCCCUACUUCGCCACAGCACCCACCGGCUGGAAGAACUCGGUCCGACACAACCUCUCCUUGAACAAGUGUUUCCGAAAGGUGGAGAGAAGCCAUGGCAAGGUGAACGGAAAAGGUUCGUUAUGGUGUGUUGACCCAGAAUAUAAACCUAAUCUUGUCCAAGCACUGAAAAAGCAGCCUUUUCCCUCAGCACUUGCAUUUUAUACUCCGCCAGCGUCACCACCAAGGUCAGCGUCCCCUCACUACCUAACUUCAGUCCUUCAGCAGAAUCAUGGCCGAUCUCUCAAAGAAUCCGAUAUUGAUGCUGCUACUGCAAUGAUGCUGUUAAAUACUUCCAUUCAACAAGGGAUGUUGGACUGUGAGAAACCUCAGCCUCUGAAGACACCUAAGAAGAGGAGUUAUGGCAGUGCGUUCAAUCCUCCCAGUUCCAUAAAUUUGCAGGAAAGUGAUUCCGCGGCCACCAAUAUCGAUCCGAAGGAGGAUCACAACUACAGUGCCAGCAGCAUGGGUUCCCAGCGCUGCGCAUCUAGGUCCAGCGUGUCUUCCUUGUCCUCCCUUGACGAGGUGUAUGAAUUUAUCUCCAAGACCAGCCAUGAUGGAAGCGAUGGCAGCGAAGGAUUUCACAGUGAAGUGGAUACAGACGUUGACUAUGAAGAUGAUCCUCUUGGAGACAGUGGCUAUGCAUCACAACCUUGUGUAGAUACCUCUGAGGAAAGUCAGCCUAGCAACAAAGCACUCAAGGAGUUAUGUCAAGAAAUCGAUGAGGAGUUGAAAGAAGCAGCGGGGUCUCUGCUCCACCUCGCUGGCAUCCAAACAUGCUUGAGUUCCUUAAUAAGUACUGCAAAGACCCACUGUCACAAGCAAAGGAAAAAAUAGUAUGUUUGUCAGUGUUGAAUAUAUACAUAUAUAUUUUUUUUAAUUGUGGCAAUACUCUUCUACUUUUACCCUUCACAAGGGAGAUCAAAGCCAUAAGAGGACUCAUUGCUUUUUUAUUUUUGGCGCUAACUAUAAUUUAGCCAUUUAUUUUUAAAUCACUGCCUAAAAAGAAAAAAAAAAUAUUUAAUCUUCUCAAAUUAGAAGAGAUGCAUGACUUGUGAAAACCUGAAAGCAUACUUCUUAAUGAUCACUUUUUAAUUUUUUUUUCCUUUUUAAUAGUUGAUUAUUUUUUUUUUCCAGAGAUAUGUUUGUUCAGAUGCACAUUGUGGAUCAUAUUUACAUCUCUGCUGGCCCCAUCUGCAGAGGUGAAUUUUGCCCUAAGGGCUCUGACUUCCAUGUAAAGGAUUAAAAGGGAGGACAAAAAAAAAAAAAAAGCAGGGGCGGGGGAAGGUCCUGGCCUCAGUUGCCUCCUCCCACUCGUCCUCUCUUCCCUCUUCUGAGACAGGUCCCAGUGGAAACGCUGGGGAGGCGACUCCGAGUGGCUGCAGUUUUCAGCCCAUCUGACACAGUGGCUGAAAACCCGUAGCGCUCCAGGAGCUGCUUUCAGCAAGAUGCCAAGUACCUCCUGGAAUAGUGGGGAUAAGGGGGAGCUGAGAUCACUGUGCCUUGUGCUGUGUGAACCCUAUCAGCCUGCUGCCGCAUAUGGGGCAUCUAACGGCUUUAGCCUUUGGAUGUACAUCAUAGCUCAGGAGGACCUAUCUGUUUUGGGAAGAAAUUCCUCCACAAUUCAUUUUUGCAAUAAGAGAAUCUCUUUAUAGUUCCCAGACAUCCUUCAGCCAAAAAUGUUUUAGUGGUAUGGUGAACUUUUUUCCUCUUUUUUUUUUCUUUCUUUUAAAAUCAGUGGUGAUUGCUUAUAUCUUCCUGUAGAUGAUGGCUUUUUUU